GGGCUCGCCGCGAGCCUUCGAGAGCAGCGGUCGCGGAGGAGGCGGCGGCGGCGGCACCGGCUCGGGCCAGCCGCGCGCAUCCCUGGGCGACCUGCGCGGCGAAGAGCAGGGCGGGCCACGGGAGCCUGGACAGGAGUGGACAAAGCAAGAUGGCAGGGAUCUUAGCCUGGUUCUGGAACGAGAGGUUUUGGCUGCCGCACAAUGUCACCUGGGCGGACUUGAAAAACACGGAGGAAGCCACCUUCCCGCAGGCUGAGGACCUCUAUCUCGCCUUCCCCCUGGCCUUUUGCAUCUUCAUGGUGCGACUCCUCUUCGAGAGGUUUGUAGCCAAACCAUGUGCGAUAGCCCUCAACAUUCAGGCCAAUGGACCACAGAUCGCCCAGCCAAAUGCCAUUCUGGAAAAGGUCUUCACUGCGAUUACAAAGCAUCCUGAUGAAAAGAGAUUGGAGGGCCUGUCCAAACAGCUGGACUGGGAUGUUCGCAGCAUUCAACGCUGGUUUCGACAAAGACGCAACCAGGAGAAGCCAAGCACACUGAAGAGGUUCUGUGAGAGCAUGUGGAGAUUUUCAUUUUACCUUUAUGUAUUUACCUAUGGAGUCCGGUUCCUGAAAAAGACACCCUGGUUGUGGAAUACAAGACACUGUUGGUACAACUACCCCUAUCAGCCACUCACAGCUGACCUUCACUACUAUUAUAUCCUGGAGCUGUCAUUCUAUUGGUCUUUAAUGUUUUCCCAGUUCACUGAUAUCAAAAGAAAGGACUUUGGCAUUAUGUUCCUGCAUCACCUGGUGUCUAUUUUCUUGAUUACAUUUUCAUAUGUCAACAAUAUGGCUCGAGUAGGAACCCUGGUUCUCUGUCUUCAUGAUUCAGCCGAUGCUUUUCUGGAGGCUGCCAAAAUGGCAAAUUAUGCCAAGUUUCAGAAAAUUUGUGAUCUCCUGUUUGUUAUGUUUGCCAUGGUUUUUGUCACCACACGACUGGGUAUAUUUCCUCUCUGGGUGUUAAAUACCACACUAUUUGAAAGUUGGGAGAUCGUUGGACCUUAUCCUUCCUGGUGGGUUUUUAACCUACUGCUGUUGCUAAUACUAGGCUUGAACUGCUUCUGGUCUUACUUGAUCGUAAAAAUAGCUUGCAAAGCUAUUUCAAAAGGCAAGGCUGGGAAGUGGAACCCUUUACAUGUGUCCAAGGAUGACCGGAGUGAUAUUGAGUCUAGCUCAGAUGAGGAGGACUCGGAACCUCCAGGGAAGAGCCCCCACACUGCAACCGCUACCAAUGGAACCAGUGGUACCAACGGAUAUCUCCUCACUGGCCCUUGCUCCAUGGAUGAUUAAUUACUCAAAACUACGAGUCUGGAACAAAGUGAACUAUUUGUUCCCAGAAGUAUUUAAUAAGUUGCAAAUGCAGUUCCUUUCAUAAUAUCUCAGCACCAGAAACAAAAAUUAGGAUUAUCAAAGCAUUUUGAAUAGCGCACUGCCAUAUGUCCCGUCUGUGAAUGAAGAAGAAUUAUCAUUCUCUCUAUGUAGGCAUGCUGUAUGUAAUUGAUACAAGGGAACAGUAUUUGCAUUUGUAUUGUCUUAGAAUAUUAUUUAUUUUUUUGUAUUUGUUUGUAAAUCUGUGGACAAACGAGGGUUUCCUUACUCCUUCUACUCCCUGGGUUCGUGACAAGUGAGGGAGAUGCUCCAUCUGCUUCUACCCCUUUCUAUUGCUGUAGCCCUGAGUGCUAGGAGCAUCAGCUUAAUUAGUCUUAGAACAAGCAAAACCCGAUGCAAGAUUCUCUUACAGCUCCAAA